CAUGGCAAACAGACGGACACCAUUCAAGCAAGGGCGCAAGGGUGGCAAAAAGCAACCGUACAUGAGCAAGGAUAUGAAAAAGAAGCUGAAAAAGGAGCAAGCGGGUCGGCCACCGAAGACAAAGUAUCAGCGCAGCCUGAAACACAUUGAGCGGGCCCAGGAAGCGAUCCAGGCACAGAAACGGCAGAUCGAAACGGAGCGUAAGUAUCGCCAGGAGGCGAACAGUGCCGCCAGUGCGGUUGGGUACGCGUCCAGCGAUACGGAGGCGUCGGAUGGUGGUGAGGAGGGCUUCGAAGAUUUGGCGGUGGAGUUUAACGAACAGAUUGGGCAGGCGGUGGAUAGUGAGGAUGAGAGCGAUUCGGCGAUGGAGGACGACGAGGAAGAGCAGGAUGAUGAGCUAGAUGAGCAGGAAGAGCUGGAUGACGAGUUAGAAGAGCAGGAAGGGCUAGAGGAAAGUGAUAGUGGUUUAUUGGUAUCUAACUCGGAUAAUGAUGCGGAAGAAGAGGAAGAUGCGCCGGAUGAGGAGGAAGAUGAAGAGGAUGAGGAGCUAUUACCGGACGAAAGUGAUCUGUCGUCCGAUGAGGAUGAAGCAACGUCGAACGAUCCGUACCUGCUACAUACAGCGCACAACUUAAGUCCCUCGCUGGUGGAAGCGCUUGCGGCGGAACCACCACGUGUCGAAACGGCUACCAUGUCGUUCGGUAGUUUGGGCCACGUGUUCGUCGAGGUACCGAAAGGGCGCCCAAUCAGCACCAAGCGGUCGGAAGCGAAAGGGAUUUUUGCGAAGGAAAGAUACGCCAAACCGGGCACACUACCCACCGUACCGGAAGCUUCCGAUGAGGAUACUAUCGAGUGGAGCAAGUUACACGUGAAGGAUCGGAUUGUGCGCAACAUAACGGAAGAGAUGGAUGCGUUCCAGCGUGAUACGUUUGCGAUACUGAACGGCUAUCAGGAUUUGCACUAUCCGCAGAGAAGUUUCGAAAAUGCGGACCGAUUGCGGUACGUCUACAGUCUGCACGCUCUGAAUCACGUCCUGAAGGCAGUAAGCAAGAUACAGCACCACACAAUCAAACUAACCACCAACAGAAAGGCCGGCAAGAAGAAACCGGUCGAAGAUCGGUUCCGUCGACGGUUGAAGGAGCAAAAAGCGAUUAAGGUGGAUGAGAAACCGACGGUUGGGGACGAUGAGUACCGUGAUCAAGGAUUUGUCCGCCCGAAGGUGCUCAUCAUCUUACCGUUCCGCGAGUCAGCGCUUCAGUGUGUCACCGUGCUGAAGCGACUGUUUGCCGGUGACCAGGAGAAAAGUGUCAUGAACUGGAAACGGUUCACGGACGAGUACGGUGGUGGAUCGUCGUUACAUUUUCCCCGCCGCAACCCGAAGCCCGCCGACUACGAGCGCACGUUUGCGGGCAACAUCGAUGACAACUUUCGGCUCGGCAUCGCAUUUAACCGGUCUACGAUGAAGCUGUACGCGAAAUACUACUCGUCGGACAUCAUAAUCGCUUCACCGCUCGGGCUUCGGAUGACGAUCGGUGCGAAGGGUGAGAAGCACCGGGACUACGAUUUUCUCGCCAGCAUCGAGCUGCUCAUCAUAGACCAGGCGGAGGUAUGCUACGCCCAGAACUGGGACCACAUCCUGCACAUUAUGGACCAUCUGCACCACCAGCCAAAAAGCACCGAAUACACGGAAUUUUCCCGUGUACGCGAAUGGUGCCUUAACGGAUGGUCCAAAUUCUACCGCCAAACGGUACUGCUGUCCGCAUUCGAGCUGCCCGAAUUCCGAUGGCUGUACAACAAACAUUUCCACAACUAUCGUGGCAAGGUGCGCACGUGCCACCGCCCAACGUCCGGCACCAUCAAGCACGUGGCGGUGCGCGUGCCACAAAACUUUCAGCGCAUCGAAACGACCACACUGGACGGUGCCGGUGCGGCUCGUUUUUCACACUUUCUGAACGUCGUCCUACCGCAAGCACGGUCCGUUACGAUGGCACGCUGCCUGAUCUACGUACCGAGCUACUUCGAUUUUAUCCGGUUGAGGAAUCACUUCAAAAAGGAAGAGCUUAGCUUUACGCAGAUCUGCGAGUACACGACGGACGCGAAGAUUGCACGGGCCCGUGACAUGUUCUAUCAUGGCAGCAAACACUUUUUGCUCUACUCCGAGCGGGCACACUUCUUCCGGCGCCAUCGGAUACGGGGCGUUCGGCAUCUGAUCCUUUACGCGCCGCCCGUCUUUCCCCACUUUUACCCGGAGCUGGUCAACCUGAUGGUGAAGGAGCAUCAGAAUCCGCACGACGGAGUGGACGAUGAUUCGAUGACGGUGACGGUACUGUACACGGCGUACGAUACGUACCAGCUGGCGGAGAUGGUCGGUGCAGCGAGGGCAAAGGCGAUGAUAAAAGCACCCCGUUCGGUACAUCGGUUCUCCACCGAUCAGAAGUAA